UUGAUGAGAACAAUCAUAAAAAAGAAAGAAUUGGUUAGGUAUGAGGUCACAAGGUUUGCUACAACCUAUCUCACUUUGGAAAGGAUUCCACAAGCAAAAGAUUAACCUUAGGAAGAUGUUUACAUCAAAUGAGUGGAUGAAAAGCAAGUUUUAUAAAGAAGCUAGAGGUGGUGACGAAGAUGAUGCUGAAAAUGAACGUGUGUUUGGUGAUGAUGACUUGACUUGGGGAGAGGUUGCUAGAGCUUCUAGUGUUGAAGAGUCUAGAAGAUAUACUAGAAGAAUUUAUGGUAGACAAUCUAAACUAAAAUCUUCAAGUUCUAAAGGAAAAGCAAUAAUACAAGAAGUUGAAGAAGAAGAGGCUGAUAUAGAGGAAUCAGAAAAAGAGAUUAAGGAUUAUCACUCAAGUGAUGGAGAUGACAAUAGUGAUGAUGAUGAAUGAAUGCAACUGAUGAGGAUGAUGUAGAUGGAGAUGAUUUAUUUUAGAUUUUGGAAUGAUAUUAUGUUGUUUCUGCAUUGUUUUAAUUUGUUAACUAUUAUGCAUGCACGCACUGUUAAUUUUCUGUUUUGAAAAUUGAGUUAUGAACCUCAAAAUCUAUUUUAUUAAUAUAUCAUGUUUUGAGUA